AUGGGUUUAUCAACCCGAUUCCUCCGCAUUCCGCGGCCAGAGACCUUCCUUUAUGUGAUGAGCCUUCGUACAGGCGCAUCGCUAAUCACCCUAUCUCUCCUGUUGAACAAAAUCAGUGGUCUCUAUGGCUUACUCGCGCUGUUGACCGGCUACCAUCUCUCGCCCGUGCAGCUGUCCAUGUACCUUUACUCCCUCGUCGCUCUCGGCAUCACAGUCUACCUUUUCCCCCAUAUCCGGAAACAGUCUCCUCUCCAGUGCCUUGCGCUCGCCUGGCUGUACCUCUUUGACAGCAUUAUCAAUGCCGCGUACACCGCUGCCUUUGGUGUGACGUGGUUCCUCGUGAUCUCUCAACACUACGAGAACGGAAAUGCGUCUGGUCCGGGCAGUGAGACGAUCGCCCAGACGGCGGGCUUCACCAGUCCUAAAUACGACUCGUCCUCUGCUGAGGGCGACCACUAUGCACGGAACUCGGACGGUCUCAGCAAUGCCGUCACCCAGCCCGAGAGCUUCCAGAGUAUCAUGUUCAUCUGCAUGCUGUGGGCCAUCCGAGCCUACUUCGUCUUUGUCAUGUUGGCCUUCGCCCGCCAGGCUCUACGGAUCUACGUCGCCGUCCCCCGCCACAUGCAACUCCCCACCCACAGUCGCAACACGUCUGUCGCCAGCGUCGCCAGUAUGGCAGACAUUGAUCGCGAGCCGUUCUCGCCGUACAGCCCGGAUGGCCAGGGAUGGCAAGGAAAGCUGGGUCGGGCGAUGAUCAGCGUGGGCCGCAACUACUGGUUGGGUGAAGAUGAAGAGGGUGGUAACUGGAUGAGUACGAUCAGCCGCCGCUUCCGUGCUCGGGGUGAGUCCAACGAGCUGCCCGGCCCUCUGGAGCGGGAGAGACGUCGCCGUUCGGGAACGGGACCUCCCCAGCCCUCCCAAUCUGCCGUGCAAGCUGCCGCCUUGCAACAGCCAAUCUACGAGCAAUCCCCUGGAGUGAACGUGAAGAUGCAAGACUGGGGCGAGAGUCGGUGA